UUCCUUCUCUAUCAGAUGGCCCCCAGGGACACAUCUCUGGCCAUUGGCAUGGUCUCACUGAUGCUACGCCUCAGCUGGACCUGGGUGGAGCUGGUCAUCUCAGAAGACAAGAGAAGUAUUCAGUUUCUCUGGUGUAUUAUCCACAUGGAAUCAGAAAAUCAAACAAGUGUUUCAGAAUUCCUCCUCCUGGGAUUUUCAGAGAAGACAUUCAUUCAAUUCAUUCUCUUUGGGCUGUUCCUGUACAUGUACCUGGUCAUUUUCUCCGGGAACCUGUUCAUCAUACUGGCAAUCAUCUCAGACUCCCACCUCCACACACCCAUGUACUUCUUCCUCUCCAACUUGUCCUUUGCUGACUUCGGGUUUGCCUCCACCACUGUCCCAAAAAUGCUGGUAAACAUCCAGACACAGAAUAAAGUUAUCACCUAUGCAGGCUGCCUCACUCAGAUUUACUUCUUUGUUGUUUUUGGAUGCCUGGACAGUUUACUCCUGACUGAAAUGGCCUAUGACCGAUUUGUGGCCAUCUGUCAUCCCCUGCACUAUACCAACAUCAUGAACCCCUGGCUCUGUGCACUGCUGAUUCUGGGGUCCUGGUUCCUCAGUUUCAUUGUCUCCAUGAUCCAAACUUUGACCCUGUUGAGGCUCACCUUCUGCCCACACACAGAAAUCCCAUACUUUUAUUGUGAUCCUUCUGAAGUCCAGAAGGUUGCCUGUUCUGACACCCUCUUCAAUUACAUAGUGACAUACACUGAAACUUGCAUUCUGGCUUUGAUUCCUUUAACUGGAAUAUUAUGGUCUUAUUCUAAGAUUGUCUCCUCCAUUCUGAAAAUUUCUUCAGCUGAAGGGAAGUAUAAAGCAUUUUCCACAUGUGGGUCUCACCUGUCAGUUGUCUCCUUGUUCUAUGGCACUGGCCUUGGGGUCUACCUGAGCUCUGCUGGUUCACCAUCCUCCAGAACACGUCUAGUGGCCUCAGUGAUGUACACUGUAGUCACUCCCAUGCUGAACCCCUUCAUCUACAGCCUGAGGAACAGGGAAAUGAAGAGGGCCCUGAGGAGGCUGCUCUGCAAAUGA